CGAAAGAGUUGAGUCCGUUAGCUUAUCUUUCCCAAGCAGUUCGGGAGAUAUUGGGACAGCCUUUUGGUGUGAAGUCGUGUUUAUCUGGAUCCUAACCCUUUAAGGUUUCGUCAGCAAUGUAAGUUCUUAGCUACGACGCAACCAAACAGAAAAGUGCCGUUUCAAAAUGAAGUCAUUCAAGCCAUCAUCAGUAGCCGCACAAUCCAGAGUGUUAAAAAGUGAAAUCCAAAGCAAACACCACCUGCCGUCAUCGCCAUCGCCAAUGAAGCCGUCAACUGCCACCUUGUCUGUGAUAUUAGUGCUGUUAGUCGUCGUCCAGCUAGCCGGCGGCUUUAAUCUGUCGCCCCAGCCAAAUCAUGUGUUCAAAGAACCCACCCUGCAAACGUUCCGGGAAAAGGUGCGUUCGUCAUAUUUUGGGUUCGCGCUCAACCUAAGGCCUGGAGGCGUGCUCGUUGGCGCACCCCGAGCCCAAUCCGACCUGGCCUCGCAGCGCAAGCUUAACGAAACCGGUGCCCUGUACAAGUGUCACUAUGACAGUGGCGAAUGCGCGCCGUACUACGUGGACCGGAUGGGCAACACCAACAACGAGAACGAACCAUUUGCGUACAGCAGUGAAAAGAAGGACUUUCAAAUGCUGGGCGCCUCCAUGGACGGACAUGGGGCCGAUGGGGAUCGUUUCGUAGUUUGUGCACCGAAGAUCGUCACGGAACUAGUGGACUACUAUCUGCUGCACGGGAUUUGCUACGUAACGGAUGGCACUGAAAAUGGGGAACCCAAGUCGGUGAAGCCGAUCUAUCCGCUGAGAGUUAAAGACAAACAGCUGUACCGCGACCCGAAGCACAACGUGCAGUACUACAACUACAUGUACGGCGAGCAGGGCCUGGCCGUGCACGUGACCGACGACGGCGAGGAGAUUCUGAUCGGGGCGCCAGGUGUGUUCAAUUGGCGCGGCACGGUCAUCCGGUACCGGCGCCAGAUCAACGAAGACAUGGGCGGCCUCAGCCGGCGCGAUGGCGAACGAAACUGGGCCUGGCAGUCGGGGACGUCGUCGUCGGAUGGUCGUCCCAAGCGGCAGAUCAUCAGCUACGUCACCGAUGUGCCCAAUCCGUACUUUAGCAAGCUGGACGAUGACUCGUACUUUGGGUACGCCGUCAGCUCGGGCUUCUUCCAGGACAACACCAAGCUGCUGUACGUGGCCAGUGCACCGCAGAUGCAGCUGCAAACGGGCGAGGUGUACAUCUUUGACAUCAUCAACGCGGACUCGUUCCACGAGACCCAGAUUAAGAUUCUGUACACCUUCCCGGGUCAGCAGCAGGGCGAGUACUUUGGCUAUGCUCUGCUGACGGAGGACUUUAACGGGGACGGGCUGCCGGAUUUGGCCAUUUCGGCGCCGAUGCACAGCUGGAACUCGGACUACGAGAACGGAGUGGUUUAUGUGUACAUGAACGAGGGAAAGUUGAGCUUCCAGUUGCAGCAGAUUUUGACGACCAAGUACGAACACGGGGGACGGUUCGGGAUCAGUAUGGCCAAGAUUGGAGACGUCAACAUGGAUGGAUAUUCAGACAUCGCCAUCAGCGCCCCGUUCGAGGAAAACGGUGCCGUUUACAUCUACCUCGGCUCACCCUCGGGUCUCCGCACCAAACCCUCCCAACGUCUGGUCCCACCCGCGAAUGACCUGAUGAACCCGUCAGCCCAACCCAUGUUCGGCCACGCCCUCUCCCGCGGGGCAGACAUCGACGGGAACGGUUACCACGAUCUCGCGAUUGGAUCGCCGAACGAAGAAGCGGUGUACGUGUACAAGACCUACCCGGUGGUGCGGGUCUUCAGCACGGUGAGUUCCUCCAAGCGGGAACUUUCUCCGGAGGAAACGGCCUUCCAGCUGACGGCCUGCUGGCGGUACGAGUCCGCUACGAACAUCCAGCACGACGUAAGCUUUGGGUACACGCUAAAGGUAGACAACCAAAAUGGGAGGGCUCAGCUGAGUGACGGAAGUAGUUCGAUCGGUGGGACUAGCAAGAUCAACUACGACGAUUUUUGUCAGGAGUUUGACGUGCGGGUUAAGCCAUCGUUCGCUGAUAUUUACAAGCCGAUUAUGGUCGAGUUUAGCUACAAGGUGAUCAGUAACAUUCCGACCAACAGUGAGUUCUGCGAGCAUUGCGUCAUGACUGAUCCUGCGGUGCCAAGUAUGGUCACGGAGAAGAUUUCUUUCAAGACUGGAUGCGCUGGGGAGACGUGCAUUGCGGAGUUGAAUUUGAAGGCGGCUUGGGUUGAUCUCAGUUCUCCUUACAUCAUCGGCAGCACCCGCACCGCUUCGCUCCAGUACGACGUGAUCAACACGGGUGAAAACGCCUUCUUGCCUCAGCUGAACGUGACGCUGCCCUCUUUGAUAACCCUGGCCAAGCUACCGUCGCAUUGCAAGCUCACAAACCUCAACGACGGGUUGAACCUGAUGUGCGAUCUCAACAACGGACUCGCGCUCAAGACGUACGCGUUGACUAAGAUGAUUCUGGUGUUGGACAUGAGUCGGUUGGAGGGAAAAUCGUUCUCGAUCAACGCUGAGGUGUUCAGUACGAGUGAGGAGACUAACAAGGAGGAUAACGCGCUGGAGACGACCGUGGAGUUGCAAGAGUUUAGCGAGAUUGAAGUGGUUGGCAAGUCAUCGGUCACGGAGGUCAACUUGCAGCGACAGAGCGGUAAGAUCAACGUGACGUACCAGAUUCAGGUGAUGAACAAUGGACCGAGCAGUCUGCGGGAUUUGACGUUCGCGUUGAAGGUUCCACUGGUUUAUCACAAGCCAAGUUCGGCGGAUGUGCUGAAGAUCGUCAGCUUCAACGACAUCCACAUCAACGGGUACUACAACUACAAGAACUUGGACUUUACCUGGACGCAGAACAACGUGAUCCUGAUCCCAAAUCCGGUCGAGUACUCGACGCAACCUCCAGAAGUAGACAACCUGUACAAAGCCAGCAUGGACUUUGGCCUCCUAUCCGGCCAAUCUCACUCGGACCCGUCUUCAGACGACAGCGCCAACUACCAAACCCGUCGUCGUCGUCGAUCCGCCCCAACCUUCAGCGAUCUUCACUUCAACAAGUACACAAACCAACUCACCCAGCACUCCCGCCCCCGUCGAAGUCUCCCAACCGUCAACCCGGACAUCCUCAACGGCCUCCCAACCAACCGCACGCUCUACUUCAGCUGCGACUCGCCAAUGUUCAUCGAGUGUGCCGAAGUGAGCGUCCAAAUCGCCAACUUCAAACCCGGCAACGUCCCGAUCCUGAUCGACCUCCAGUUCGAGCUGAAUCUGGACACCGUAGCCGAGAGUUUCCUCGAGCGCGAGGACAUCCUGGCCCUACAAAUUCUCUCCGAACUGCGCAAACUGGAAGACGAGGAAGGCGUUGGCUUCAGCGUCGCCAAGAACAACCCCUUUACGGUAGUGUACAAGUACGCCAUCGAAAGCACCCCCCUCUGGGUGUACAUCGUGUCGACGAUCGGCGGGCUGCUGCUGCUGGUGCUGAUCUCGUACGGGCUGUACCGGGCAGGGUUCUUCAAGCGGACGAAGAAGGAGGAGUUUGAGAAGUUGCAUCGGGAGAGCGUCCGGAUGAACCAAAACCAGCCGGAUACGGAUGAUGAGCGGUAAACACGUGAUCAGAGCCGCCAAUUUUCACA